AUGUGGAGAUCUGAGAAGAACCAAAUUCCAGGCAACCAAGAGGUUGAUGAAAGCAGCAGUUGGUCUGACCAGUUGGAGAGGAGGGGUAGAGCAUCUUGUGAUCAAAGAGAAACCAUAAAAACAGUGGAAAUUGACACUGCUAAGCCUAACUCUUUCUCCGGACUCAAUUUGCAGAGAUCACAAAAUCAAUAUUUGCACUACCAACAACAAAAACCCUGUUCAUACUCUGUUUCUUCCCCACUCAACAGAACACAUCAAAAUCUCUCCAUCCGCUCACCCAUCACACCAUCUCAAUCCAGAAGAAAACUACUCCCAGUGCAUUCAGCGAGCCCUCGUUGCCCAAGAGAAGCCGACAACUAUCCAAAAGCUCAGACACCAACUCUUCGCUCCAAUUCCUACCAUAGAAUGAGUGUAAGUGGGAAUUGUAGUUCUGUCCCAAUGCCGAGUUACAUGGCAGCUACUGCAUCGACCAAUGCUCGAGUUCGUUCACAGAGUGCACCAAGGCAGAGGCCUUUGACCCCAGAGAGAGAAAAACCAGGUUCAGUGAAGAAACGGCUGUCUUUCCCUGUUCAAGAUUCAUACAAUGACAUUGGCAUCGACUGUUGA